GUUACAGAGAGAUGUCCAAGGAGAUGGUUAGAAAAUCAUGUCAUUCGAGAGAUUAUAGAACGCGGCAUUCUCCGGCAACCAGCGGCUUGGAUGCAGUCCCGAGCGGAAAAACGGUGCACCCGGCUCUUUCUUGAUGGCUCGGUAGUUGGCCCCACCCUAACCUGGAACCUCCAGCGAACGCUCAGAGCAGGUCGUUGCCCCUCCUAAACCGGAGCAUCCAUCCAUCGCCUGGAGUACAUGUCAUCAUUUCAAACAAUUAUCUACUUUGAUAGAGCACACAUCUCACACAACAGUCACGGCACCUCAGAUUCGUGGAAGCACGCCAACCGAAUCUCGGCACAUUAACGCCCAAGCAGCAAAACCCCUACCUAGGCCACGAAACCCCGCCUUCAAAAUGCGCGAAGUCGACAACGCCAACCCCUCCAUCCUCAACGUCUCACAGCUUCCGAGCAGAAGUCGGAAAGUGACCACACCGAGGCAGGGACCGGACUCGAAAUGCGACAAUAUUGUCUAUUCUAAGCGUCCAUGGCUGUGUGGGUCAUCCUCAUCAGAGGAUGAGGACCUCGAGGAGGAGUACGGCGAGGACCCUGUGGAUGCCCAGGACAUCUACGACCUUAUUUCCCCAAUAUCAGACCCCGAACACCCUCAUACUCUGGGGCAGCUCUCGGUGGUCCAACUACCUGACAUCCACCUGACUCCUCCGCCCACUGAGCGCCGAGGAGACAAACUGGUCACGGUCACUGUUGAUCUGACACCUACCGUCAACCACUGCUCUCUUGCCACUGUCAUCGGUUUGGCAGUGCGGUACCGGCUGGAGCAGACCCUGCCGCCCAACUACCGCUUUGAUGUGAGAAUGAAGGAUGGCUCUCAUGCCCAGGAUGACCAAGUCAACAAGCAACUGGGUGACAAAGAGAGAGUCGCCGCGGCUCUGGAAAACGACACACUGAAAGGCAUGCUCGAUAAGAUGCUCGAGACAUGCGUGUAACUUGAUGUGGAAAUUCAAGGUCUCACACUUGCUGAUGAGACUAUAUAUUUUGUGUUUUUACGCCAUCGACUUGCUACAUAGCAGGCCAUUCACCAAGGUCAACCUUCAGUCCAGCACAGGGGUGUGUCAGCACUGUCGGAUUCAGACCCUGGAUAGGCACACCCCUUCCCAGGUGCCUUGUUCGAAGCCCCUGUGUACGUCGCUUGCGAUUGGCGGGACAAUCUCGGGCUUGUGAUCCUCCUCCCCCCCUCCGCCUAGAGCCCGCCCACUCGGGACAGUUCCAGGUUCUCUCCUGCGAGUCUUCUUGCGGCCCGUGGGGGAGCAAAUUGAUGAAGUUUGAACCAGGGGUCAGCCGGCGAACUGGCUUUUCGACAUCGACACAGAUCGCCUCUUCCCGUCUUUGAUAUAUGCAAUACACACUGGAUGACGGAUAAUAUUCUCCUCAUCAUGUUCAAUGUGCCAAACAUGCUGUGCUCUUUCAAAAAGCCAUUGCAGUUGCACCAACAAGCCACGCCCAGCAAACCCCACGCUGCGAAUGAACUGCCCUUUCUAGAAUCUCCAUCCUUCAAGGGUUUGCUCGCCCAGUUAGAGGCGUCUUCUGGUCCGUGGAAUCAACUCAGGUCCAGCCACAUCUUGUCACGCAAGCCGCAUCACGCCAUGUACCUCAGACCCUUGUCCCUGAGGUUACUUGACUAUUUUACCGACUUGGUAGACGCGUGUGCGUCAAUAUGUCUGUUUGCACUUCACUGGAGGGCAGCGGCGGCCAGAGUUACCUUGGGGGAGAUUUCCCAUGAUCGGUUCCAAAGAUUCCCACAUCCCGAAGAAAUGGUCCCCGAGAUCCUAGUCUACCGGCGAACACCCUCCUUACAAGUGCUACCUAUGUCCCACUUGUAGGAUACAGCCCUCAUUGUGAAUGAGACAGUUGCCGUUUCCUAAGAACAGGGCACCUCUUGACUUUAGGGCAUCGGAUGCACUGCUGUGUAGUAGGUGUUGACCUAUUUACCUUCCCCUUACUCACACCGAAAGGAUCAUCUGCGGUGGAUGCAUGCUGGCUGGGGUGUUAUCAAGAUUUAUACUCGCUCCUAUUUUCUUGAUUUUAGUUAUCAAACCAUUGCAACGACAUAACUGCCGCCAACUAUUGCCGUUUGGUCUAAUCAUACCGGAUAUCAUAACGCGUCUGCAUACACUCCUGCCAUCACAUGAUUUUUGGCAAGGGAAGCAACUAACGUGACUAAGCGCUAGAUGUUU